AUGGAUUCAAUCGAAGAAUAUGGAUAUGAACUUAAUUGCUUAUUAAAACAAGUAAGAGAAUUUAGAAGAAGUGAUAUAAAAGGUCAAAUGAUUGCAAUAAGGACAGAUAGCAAUGGUAAAAAAUACACAGAAGUAUUAGCAGAAGGGAUUUUUAAAGCAGAUAGCGAUGUUGAAUCAAGUGAUGAUUCAUAUGAUAUCAUUGAAGAUGUAAAAUCAGAUAAAAUUAAAUCAGGAAACGCGCUUAAUAUUAAUGAUAUAAUUGGCAAUAGGAAUCCAAAUAUUAAUGGAGAAACGAUUAAUAGCCAUUCAAAUAUUAAUCAAAACAUUAAUGAAAGAAAUUCAAAUAUUGAUGGAGAAACGAUUAAUAGCCAUUCAAAUAUUAAUCAAAACGUUAAUGAAAGAAAUUCAAAUAUUGAUGGAGAAACGAUUAAUAGCCAUUCAAAUAUUAAUCAAAACGUUAAUGAAAGAAAUUCAAAUAUUGAUGGAGAAACGAUUAAUAGCCAUUCAAAUAUUAAUCAAAACAUUAAUGAAAGAAAUUUAAAUAUUAAUGAUGAAAUUACUGAUGGUCAUCAAAAUAUUAAUGGACGCAUAUUGAAACCAAAAUCAAAUAAUAAUAAAUCUCGGCAAGCAAUCCUCAAAUUACCUCCUAAUUUUAUACAAGUAAAUAGAGUAAACAUCCAAGUUACUCCAGCGCCAGCUCUUCCACAACAGAGACAACAACAAUCUCUUCCAACUCAGACUCUUCCUCAACAGAGACAACAACAAUCUCUUCCAGCUCAGACUCUUCCUCAACAGAGACAACAACAAUCUCUUCCAACUCAGACUCUUCCUCAACAGAGACAACAACAAUCUCUUCCAACUCAGACUCUUCCUAAACAACAACCACAUAUAACUGAUAAUUUAUCUUUUGAUAACUUUAUUAACCCUCAAAUUAUUAUUGAUAAUGCGAAAGUAUAUCAAAGUAUUUCCGACAAAAGGAGUCAAUAUAAUCUUUCCAAAACCAUUUGCGAACAAUGUGUUGCAAACUACAAUAUAUUGAACAAAGAUGAUAAAGAAGCCCAGAGAAUAAAAAUUAGUGAUAUUUUACGUACUUAUCAUACAUUUAGUAUAUCUGACUCUGACAAACUUGCCUAUAGGAAAACGAUAUAUCCUCAAGGUAUUCCAUUACGAUUUGAACGUUAUUAUUGCAAGAAUGAUCAUUUAGAGUUACACUAUUAUUGUGCCAAACGAAAAAAAAUGUGGUUAUUCACAAAUUAUAUCAUUAUUUCCAGCUGGUUCGAAUAUAAAAGCGUCAAUCCACGAAAUAAAUCCUCCACACAACUGCUCCAAAUCGAAAUAUUCGAUUGA